AUGCCGCUUCAGCCAAUGACAGACCUCAUCGCCCCUUCCUCCGGGACAUUAGUUGAAGCUCAAACCCUCGAUGGCCACACUGGCUGGAUCUGGGAUGUGGCUCUGUCCAGCAAUCGGGAAAUUCUCGCCUCGGUCUCCAAUGACAUGAUGAUCCGUAUCUGGAACGCCAAAACCGGCCUCCAGCGCGGCCCCGCAAAAGACAACGGCCAUUCCAGCUGGGUGCGUGCGGUGAGAUUCUCUCCAAUGGGCCGCCUUCUGGCCACCGCUUCUGAUGAUAUGACCAUCCGCAUCAGCGACGCCAAUACCGGCUUUACCUACCGUAGGCUGCACGGUCACACCGGCAACGUGCGCGCAGUGGAAUUUUCCCCCGAUGGGAGAACCCUCGCCUCGGCCUCUGACGAUUCUACCGUGCGGCUGUGGAAUGCGAAUGACGGCUCGCUGAUUAGAGUUUUGAACGGGCAUUCGGCUUGGGUACGGGCCGUGGCCUUUUCGCCCGAUGGGCAGAAUCUCGCUUCAGCCUCGGACGAUAACACAAUUCGCCUUUGGGAUACCACCACCGGCAACGAGCUCCACCGAUUGAAUGGACAUGAGUCCUCAAUACGGGCGGUCCGCUUCUCCCCCGGUGGGGAGCUGCUGGCAUCGGGCUCGCAGGAUAAGAACCUGCGUAUCUGGGACACGGCUUCUGGGGCUGAGCUCAACGUUCUCCCUGGACAUUCUGGACCUCUGCGUGUGGUCGCAUUUUCUGAUGAUGGGAACUUGGUGGCAACGGCAGCCGAUGACUUGACGAUCCGUGUGUGGGCUGUGUCAUUGGGGUUUGCCUGCGUUCAGAUUGUGACGGGCUACUCGGGAUGGGUCCGAGCCAUUACCCUGUCGCACGACGGACGCAUGGUAGUCUAUACAUCUGACGACAUGACCAUCAAGAUUUGGAAGUCGGUAUGA